UGAGGAACAACCUUCCUCAUUUGGGCACUCUCUCUAUUGAUAGAGUUUCUGGCCUUUCUCUCUGUCUUUCUGUUCCAGAGGGAGGAUGAACGAAGCACGCACGGAGCUGCUGAGCAUCAUGAAAGAGGAGUCCCUGAAAAACGUCAUCUUGCUGGUGCUGGCCAACAAGCAGGAUCUAGAAGGCGCUAUGAGCCCGGCUGAGAUAACUGAGAAGCUGUGUCUGAAGACCUUGCCACAGGGUGCAUGGUUUGUGCAAACAACGUGUGCAGCAACGGGUGAAGGUCUCACAGAGGGCCUCGACUGGCUUGCGAGCCAGGUCAGCACUGGCAUUGCCGCAUCCCCUGGCCGAGAUCACUGAGAAGCUGUCCCAGGAGAGCUUGCCUGUCUGCUGACGUGACGACUGGCAGCUGAUAACUUCUGCCAUUUUUUUUUUCUUUUUCCCCCACUUAGCUCUGCACUGUUCUCUGCUGCUUUAACAUGAACAAGCUUAAGAUUUGCAUUUGUCUGCAGUUAAUGUCAGCAAGCAUCUGUUCUGCUAAAGGUAGUGUACUCCUCGUGCUCGUCAUCCUCGUUUCGUCUUGGUUUCUUCUGGCAUACAGGUUCCCUUUAACAAAUGUGCACUUGCUCUGAAUCUGUGGCCGUCGAUUCAUUUGCUCUUUGCUCAGUCCCCACUCUUUUGCUGUGCUCUAGUGGUGUAUCAUUGGUGUAAGCCAAAGCUCAAAAUUAGAACUCUUACGUACACUGGAGAGGCAGGUAAAUGAGAGAAGCUGCUGUCAUGAAGCCGACAGAGAGACAUGAGAGGAAACAGCGGUGGCCGGAAUGGAGAGCUGUGGAGAUGAGAUACACAACACAGCCAUCAUGAAGGAGGUAGCUGUGCCAAUGCCAUGCCUAAUUCUUGAUUUCCCUCUGUCCGUAAUUCUGCCCCUCUCUCUUUUUUUGCUGAAAAUUCUUUGCGCUGUCAUUCUAUUUUUAAAAUAUGAUGAUUCUUUUCUAUUACAGAAGAGAGAGCUCGAACUUGGGUGUACUUUCCCUUUGGGGUUGUCAGCAGGGAUAAGGAUGGAAAGCAAGGGAUUCUUGAUGAUUGAUCACAUGGAUGGUUAAGAACGAAGGCAAAGAUGUUGGGGGAUAUGUUGUCCUCCAUUGUAAGUAUAGCAUGAACCUUCGGGUCCAGUGAGAAUGGACCUGAGGUACAACGAUCACUGUUCCUAGGUGAUUUUGCUGCUGCCCGUAAUGCUGCACAUUGUGCAGCCGUGACAGAAUCUGCAUUAGUGUGAUUCUGUAGUUGAAUUGUCUAAAUGUCUUUGAUGGCAGCCUUUGCUACAAUCGAGAAAUAUUUUAUUGUCUUGACACACUGGUGACAAAGAUCGCUUGGCGGGAGAGAGGGUGAGAAGUAGGAAAGGGAGACUGUGAUUGCUUGGUAGGUGCACACAGAGAGAGAGAGAGAGAGAGAGAGAGAGAGAGAGAGAGAGAGAGAGAGAGAGAGAGAGAGAGAGAGAGAGAAAGAAAGAUAGAUAGAGAGAGAGAGAGAGAGAAUAGGGGGAAAGGAGGAGAAUAGUGGCAGCGGGAGCGUAAGGUGGGUUGCAAGUGGAGGAACACUAUAGUACCCAGGAUUGACGAAGGAAGACGGGUGAGGGAGAGGAAAGUGAAGCAAGGGAUGAGAUGGUGUUCGGCAGGAGCCGGGACAAAGUGCGUUCCAGCUUGCUUUUAUGGUAUAGACUCUUUAGAGUAUGGUAGGAGUGGAGUGCAGAUGAUGGUAGUGGGUGGUCUUGUAAUCGUUAGGCCAGUAGUGUUUGUUUUUUUGUGUUUUGAGCUGCUUAGUGGUUACCUCUUCUUGUCACUUCUAUCUGCAUAGAAAGGACUGCGCACUGGCUGGGUUGGGCCUAUGACUUUCACUUUCACUCGCUGGAAAAAGCUACAGGUAAUUUGUGUCUCUUCGUGGACUGCAUCCCUGAGUGAAUGUUGAAGCGACCUCUGUGUAAUGCAUAACGACCCCCCUUCGUGCCCAUUCGGGAUGCCCGGCUGCAUGGUGAAGUUUCUUUGCCAGUAAGAUCUGGUUGCUGGUCCAUGUGUGAUGUUUGAUGGCGAUUGGAAAAAAACGGCAAAGAUUAUCCGAGUAGGUCCACAUAUAAUGCUCUGUUUCUCCUGUGGGUCCUGCUUUAUAAGUGGUUCGCUGCCCCUGUAGGUGACCUAUUUGGUGAUUUCGGUCGGCAUACAUUGAAGAAAUCAGCCUGGGCUGAGUCAAGUUGUGCACCUGGUCUGUUGACUGGGGUAUCUUUCCAUUAACAGAUC